UGCGCUCUCUGCAACGAGCACAUAACAGGAGACGUUCUGACGGCACUGGACAAAUUGUGGCAUGUUGAUCACUUCAGAUGUGCUCACUGCCAGACAAAAAUAGGAACCGACAUAUUCUACGAGAGAGAUGGUCUUGCCUACUGUGAACACGACUACAUCGAAUUGUUCAGUCCCAAGUGUUUUGCAUGCAAUGAUCCUAUACUUAAUGAAUGCGUGAGCGCGCUGGAAAGAACAUGGCACCCCCAUCAUUUCUCGUGCCACCACUGUGGAGUCGUCUUGAAAGUUACUGGUGGUGUUGGUGGUGGUGGUGGGAGAGACGAGGAAGGGUCAGUGGGGUUUCAUGAGAUGGAGGGACAACCAUAUUGCAGUCGCGAUUUUUUCAACUUGUUUGCCUUGAAAUGUUCCGGUUGUCGGUGUACCAUAACAAGCAACUACGUCACGGCGUUGAACCAAAAAUGGCACAACAAUUGCUUUGUUUGCACUGACUGUAAAACUCCAUUUACUUCUGGGAGUUUUUAUGACUUCAAUGGGUUUCCAUAUUGUGAGAGACACUUCAAUGCAACGAGGGGGGGAUUGUGCUUCACUUGUAAGCAGCCCAUCACGGGAGCUUCCGUGAUGGCAAUGAGCAGAAGGUAUCACCCUGGACAUUUUGUAUGCACCUUCUGCUUACAGGCUCUCAACAUGGGAACAUUCAAGGAGCACAAUGAUAGGCCCUACUGCAACCAAUGUUCAAAGAAAUUAUUUCGUUGA